GCGAAAGUUGAGCAGUUCAACAGUCGGUGCCCAGCCGUAAUCGACAGUGGUUGUGCUCACGAUGCUCGUGGACGCGUCUACAGUGAAAGUUCGUUAGAGACUGCGAAAUGCGGCUCGCGAUCGCCUUUCUGUUUGUGGUGACAUGGACAGGUGGCCAGAGCGUCGGCUAUGACUACGCAUCUGCGUGCGCGCGGCCUUACCGCUCGAGCAGGGCGCGUAUUGCGCCAGCGGCGCCUUGCGAUCUGUCUAAGAUGAGCUAUUGCACCACCCCUGGCAAUAGUUAUCCAUGGCAUGCAAUAAGAAGAUUUGUUAGGGAGAAUCAGGGUCUCAUGAGGAGAAUGUACGGCGAGGAACGUCACAUAUCAGUGCUGAAGGCAGAACUCGAAAAUUUUAUCGAAGAUGAAGACGAUGACAACGUUAAAAAAACAACAGACUUUGCCGAAGAUAUAAUCAAGACGAAAAUGAUGUAUACAAAAAAAAGCCAUGGACGUGCCAUGAAAAACAGACCACAUUUCAGACCCAUCAGUGAAAAGAAUAAAAAAGUUGACAACGAUACGUUAAAAGUUAAGCCCCUUGAAACCUCUACUCACAAAAAUAAAGUAAACGGGACUGAAACUGGUAAUGUCACGGAUGUGACAAGUAACGAAACAUUAAGCGAUGAAAAAAGUAUAUCAUACAAAACAAAACUGGAAAGUAUAGCUAAUAUUGAGAUAAACAAUCUUGAACCCGAUGUAAUCACUUUAGAGGCUGUUAUAAAGCAAAGUAUAGAGACUAAUAGCAUUUAUCCCAAUACUUCAGGCACUGGAAAAAGUGAACCCACGAGUACCACAACAAAAAACACCACAUCUACAGAAACAAAUAUUACUACUAUAGCAACUGAAAGUAAUCCUAAUUCAACAGAAUCGACUGCAACGGAUGCGCAAUAUGAUGACAUUACAACAGAGUCUGGCAAAGACGCAGGGUGGAAGCCUAUGAAUGCCGACACAUCAACACUACCUCCAACUUUAUUAUUCUCUGAACAUGAAAAGGUGAAGAUUGACAGGAUCGACACCAAGGUCAAUGAAGAAAAGAUAGAAUUCCAUCCAAAACCAACCGCACAUCAAGACUCAGUACGGCCGUCUGUAAUAAAGUUACGAGGAGCAAACGCUUGCGAGUCCAAGGAGGAGAUGGCAGCCCCUUUUUGGGCAAACAGUACCCGAGGGGAGGUACUAGCUCUGCUCAACAUGUACCCCUUUGAACAAUACAUCCACCUGGAGACUUGCGUCCAUGAGAAGAAACAGAUGUACUGUCGAGAGGGUUGCAGGUGCGAGCAACAGUAUCGUCUCCAUCGGCUGCUCGCGUACGACCCUCGCAACGAAUGUAGAGGUAUAUUCGCUGACUGGUUCAAAUUCCCAGCAUGCUGCGUCUGCAAGUGCUACGACGUACCGCUUGAGUUUCGCGCUCGAUCUCCGAGAAUUCUCCACCCGCAAUACGACGACGACGUAAAGAGAGUAAUUUACGAGGACGUCGCGAGAGACUGGUACUCUAUGCCGGUAUAUGAAGACGAAGAAGACUUGUUUUAAAGUGAUUUUAAUGGUUAGUGUAUCAGUUAGUGACAAACAUGGUUAUUAAUUAUUUAGAGCAGAGAAUCCCAUUUCUUUUGUCUAUGGUGAUAAACGUAUAAUUUCUCCCACCAAAAACAAAGUGUCGGACUUCAUUUUCUCAAAUGGUUUUUAAAUCGAAUAAAAUUUGAGAUUUUCAUAAGAGUAUGAUAGUAGUAAUUUUCGAUCAAAUGUUUUGUCAAAAUAAUGAAAUUCAGAAUCCAGUGCCAAACAAAAAAAAAAUACAGUAGAAAUUUGUAAAGUUUUUUUUAGAAACCCACCUAUACUACAUUUUUGAUCCUAAGAUUCUUUUUCCUUAGAUUAUUAUCCUAAGGUAAAUAAUUUUUAAAACAACGUCGAAAUUAUAAAUAUGUUGUUGAAUUUGUUCAUUAGUUUUAUGUGUAUCGUUUUGUAGAGUACUUCAUGAACUGUCAUUUCUCAAUAUUUAAAAAGAUAAAAGCAUAUAAAUGAUAAGGAUAACUUUUAAUUUAAGGCUAGUGAGAAUUUUGUAAAGCAUGUUAUUUAUU